AGCUGGUAACCACUACACACAGUGUCUUGUUUUACAGUGAAGUCCGAUCUACGUCAGAGACGAUCUUCAAACAAACGAACAAAAUGGAGAUGGAAGUCCUGCUCAUUGAGUCCCAGAGGAAGGUGAGCCAGAUGGAGGAACAAAUCCACCAGAGGGACACUGAAAUCCUGGAUCUCAGCAGGAAGAACGAGACUCUUUCUCAGACGCUCGCGGAGAAAAUAGACCAGCUGAAAAGCAAAGAAGCUGAACUCCAACAGAGCAAGAAAAGGUUCACACAGGACCUGACUGAGAAAGAAAAAAGCUGGGAGACCAGAUUUUUCUUUUUGCAGAUGAAGUGUAACUGUCUGGAAGAGAAUCUCAAGAAGAAGCAGGCCGAGAAUAAAGACUGGCAGAAGAAAGUAAAACAGAUGGAUGAGGAAAAGGUGGAACUGGAAGAAAAGUUCACAAAGGACCUGAAUGAGAAAGAAAACAGCUGGGAGACCAGAUAUUUCUUUUUGCAGAUGAAGUGUAACUGUCUGGAAGAGAAUCUCAAGAAGAAGCAGGCCGAGAAUAAAGACUGGCAGAAGAAAGUAAAACAGAUGGAUGAGGAAAAGGUGGAACUGGAAGAAAAGUUCACAAUGGACCUGAAUGAGAAAGAAAAAAGCUGGGAGACCAGAUAUUUCUUUUUGCAGAUGAAGUGUAACUGUCUGGAAGAGAAUCUCAAGAAGAAGCAGGCCGAGAAUAAAGAUUGGCAGAAGAAAGUAAAACAGAUGGAUGAGGAAAAGGUGGAACUGGAAGAAAAGUUCACAAAGGACCUGAAUGAGAAAGAAAAAAGCUGGGAGACCAGAUAUUUCUUUUUGCAGAUGAAGUGUAACUGUCUGGAAGAGAAUCUCAAGAAGAAGCAGGCCGAGAAUAAAGACUGGGAGAAGAAAGUAAAACAGAUGGAUGAGGAAAAGGUGGAACUGGAAGAAAAGUUCACAAAGGACCUGGACGAGAAAGAAAAGAGCUGGGAGACCAGAUUUAACGCUUUGCAGACGAUGCACAACUCUCUGCAAGAGAAUCUCAAGACGGAGCUGGCCGAGAAUAAAGACUGGCAGAAGAAAGUAAAACAGAUGGAUGAGGAAAAGGAGGAACGGGAAGGAAAGUUCGCAAAGGACCUGGCUGAGAAACAACGGAGCUGGGAGAUUAAGGACAAACAGAUGAAGGAGGAGAAGAAGGAAGUGGAAGACCUCUGUCUGAAAAUGAAUGAGAAGAGAAGAGGUUUCUUGUUUCGCAAGAAGGCCGGCGACAGACAGGCAGAGUUGGAGAAAAUGAAAAGCAAAAUGUCCCAGAAGGAGAUGAAAAAGACAGGGAAGAUAGAGAAAGCCGAGAAGAAAAAGAAAGAAGCAAAGAUGGAUAAAGAAAAGGAGAAGGUAGAGAAGGGUUUUCUCAGCUGGAUGAACAGAAAGAAGUGUAACAAAGCUGAAUAAAAAAGGGCAGAGGAAGAUUAACUUUAUAUUAUAGACGUGAUGUCUAUAAUAUAAAGCUGUACCAUUGCCUCGAUCCUCUGUCUCCCUUCUUCACCUCUCCACCCUCCCUCCUUCCACACCUUCAUCUACCUCACCCCUCCUUCUAUCCAUCCUUCCUCCCUCCACCUCCCCUUCACCUCCAUCCCCCUCCAUCCAAAUAUUUGCACUUUAGGCUCAUUGGAAACUCUAAAUUCAAUCAACAUUAUUUUUUUUUAAUUUUUGGGUUUUCUCCUGGCUGCUCAGGUUUUUUCUCCCACAAACCAAAUCACUUCCGGCUGAUUGGACACUCUAAAUUGCCACCAAAAUAUUAACAAAAGGAAACUUAACAUUCAUCAAUCAAAUUAACAUUCAAUCAAUUAGAUAAAAGUGCAAUAAUAUUCAUGUAUGGGUUUUCCCUGGUGCUCAGGUUUUCUCCCACUAUCCAAAUAUG